AUGCCUCCUUCAAAUACGGCAGCAUGGAUAACCGCCGAAAAGGCUAAUCCGCUAGAGCUUAAACCCGCGCCUUACGUUCAGCCAGCUGCGAACCAGAUUGUCAUCAAAAACCUUGCUGUGGCUCUCAAUUUGGUCGACUGGUCAAGGCAAGACCUGGGUGCUUCACUCUUUGGUUGGACCAAAUACCCAGCUAUUUUCGGCUCGGAUGUCUCUGGAACUGUCGAGAAAGUUGGAAGUAGCGUUACACGACUCAAGCUUGGUGACAGAGUUGUAGCCCAUGCAGAUGAGACAACGAACAAUGAUCCAUCACAAGGCGCGUUCCAAAAUUAUGUCGUAGUGGAUUCACAUAUGGCUUCUCGGAUUCCUGACUCCUUAUCAUACGAAAGUGCCUCUGUCAUUCCACUGUGCGUUUCUACAGCCGCUUGCGCCCUUUUUCAAAAAGAUACCCUAGCGCUUCAAUUUCCUUCGUCACCACCGAAGCCUCCAACAGGCAAGACGCUUCUCGUUUGGAGUGGUGCAUCGGGAGUUGGCAGCAAUGCCAUUCAACUUGCCACCGCGGCUGGCUAUGAAGUCGUUACCACCUGUUCACCAAAAAACAAUGACUUUGUAAAAUCCAUUGGCGCCACUCUCGCCUUCGACUACAACAGUCCCACUAUAGUGUUUGAUCUCAUCUCAGCCCUCAAAGAUAAAACCAUGGCCGGUGGUUUUGCUGUCGGUAACGGAUCCCCGACUCCAGUCAUUGAAAUUAUCUCGAAGUUGAACGGUACUAAAUUUGUCGCUUCCGCCAAUCCAAAUAUAGGCAGCCCUCCCCCAGAUGAUAUAGGAUUCAAAUUUGUCUUUGGCACUUCCUUGAGAGAAAACGAAGUUGGACCGGCUAUUUAUGAGAACUUCUUGACGAAGGCGUUGGCUGACGGGACCUUUCUGGCGAAGCCAGAUGCAGACGUUGUUGGCCAUGGGCUGAGUGAUAUUCAAAAAGGUUUAGAUAUCCUCAAGAAGGGUGUGAGUGCUAAGAAGAUUGUGAUCAGCUUGGCUUGA